GAUGUUUAUCUGGCAGACAAGCUUGAGUACUUUGAAAAUUUAGUGAUAUAUAAUGCAAUCAAGCAAUUAGCCUUACAAAAAGAAUCAAGAAUAAAUAAACCGGCUGACAUAAACGAAAAGACAUUAGAAGCGGUUGUAAAUUGUUUAGCCUUUGCAGAAUCGAAGCAAUUAUUAAAUUUUCGACCGAUAGAUCCAUCUAUAAACAAUAACAAUAAUGCGUCAUUGCUUGGAUUGACUAUGGAAGAACUAAAUAAAGCUGUUGAAAACGAUUCAAGAGAAUUAAAUAAACAUAAAGAAACAGUUUUGAGUUGCAUUGAAAACAGAUUGACAAAACAAUGCAUAGAUAUAGCUAAAUUUUAUUAUACUGAAGAAGAAUCAAAAUCUGAAACACAAAAAAUACUGUUUGCUAAGGCAUCUAAAUUGGAUUCAAUCUUAACCUCCCAACUUGAAGAAUUACGGCUUGCUAAAAUCAAUAGAAUUAUAAAUCAAAUUCGAUUAGGAAAUCAAAUAACCAAUUAUAUGAAUGUAAUGAAAGAUAUUUUAUCCGUUCUUUGGAAUAUUAUUGAGGAAUUUCAGUUGCGCCAUGAAUUACAAAAAAACACUGUUUUUAACGACUAUUUUUCAAUGCUUGUUAAAAAUAUCGGUUUAAAAUUGAGUGUACUUAGAUUAAAUGCCUUGAUGGUUAUUUAUGAUAAAGAAACUGUAGAAGGACUCACGUCAAUAAGGGAUAAUCUUAUGCGUGAAGAAAAAGAUUAUCGUCGGGAAUUAGAUGCAUUGGAAGUGCAACUUUCACGAUAUCAGGGUUUUUGCGGAGAGUUUGAACAAAUUGUGCAAUGCUAUAAUAACUUGAAUAAAGAAAUUGAGAAAGUGAAAGAUGAUAUUCAAAGAAUGACAGUGUAA